AUGGCAACAAUUUCUGAUUAUGCGGCUGAAUACGCCAAAUUACGUUUGCGGAACCCCAUUUUAGUGGGUUGGGUAAGCGGGGCCCUUGGACUUCUAGUGGCUGGAUACACAACCGAUUCAGGGCGUUUAUUAGUUUCGAAGUCUUCUCGGUCUUCCACCGAUCAGCGUGGGCGAGUGUCCUUUAUAAACCCCAUCGAAUUGCUAAGGCGUAUACUUUCCUUUCCACAGUCUUGUACGAUUAAAAAUUUCCUUUCUUUAUUAUCUAUUGCGAUACCUUCGCGGCGAUCCAAAGAAACGGUCAUUAUUUUCCUCCUCAGUAUUUUUAUGGUUCUGCGUACGGUGGUAUCGGUAAGCAUCACAAAGAUGACGGGGCGCCUGGCCCGAACGGUGAUUGAGUGCAAUAGGCGAGCCCUCUUCCGAGAUAUCCUUUUAUUUUUUAUGGCUUGCAUUCCGGCGGCACUUCUCGACACCAGCUUGGAUUACCUCCGGGAGAUGCUGGAAUUGCGUUUUCGUCAAAAUCUAACCAAAUACUUCCAUCACCGCUACUUAACCCGAAAAGUUUUCUUUCGUCUAGCCGGACUUCACGAGAUCCAACACAUCGAUCAGUACCUCACGAAGGAUAUCCAGAACUGGUCCGCUUUAUUGGCGCGUUUAUUUACUUCCACAACGCAGCCUUUGUGCGAGGUGAUCACUUUUUCCUAUUUCCUGGGAAAGAAGAUGGGCCAUGCUGGGGCUGCCCUUACCUGGGUAUACUACACCGGGUUCCUCCAUCUGCUUCUCCAUCACGCGCCGAAUCAGGAAGAAUUGAUUGAACAACGGAUGGAGAAGGAAGCACGAUUCCGCUCAUCCAAUCACGAAGCGUUAUCAUACGCGGAGGAGAUUUGCUUGAGCAAUGGGGUUCAGUAUCGGAAGAAGAUUCUUUCCCACCUUGCGUCUGACAUUGCGAACCACAACCGGUAUGAGUGUUAUCUGCAGACGCGCUUUGCGAUAUUAGAGAGGGUAUACACUUUGUACGGCUCACGAAUACUGGGAUAUGUGGUAUGUUUUCUCUCCCUCCUCCGUGCCGGGCCGAAGGCGUCGGUCGCCGACCUCACGGCGAUCUAUUCCGAAACCAGCUAUAGCUAUCACAUCCUCGCGAAGUCCGUUUACCGUUUUUUCAGCAGCGUGAAGCUCUUUUUGGUGACCAACGGGUACACCCAACGUCUGUCCUACCUGAUGGAAAAUCUGGAGGCGGUGGAGCAAAAUGUGGAUUGGAUGCAGGACCUCACGUAUUAUUCCCCGGUCGCCAGGAAAAUCCCUGCGUUGGUUAAAAACGGCAUUUCAAAGUCAUCGUUCCCCGAGACCUGUGGUCGCAUCGUACGUGGGGAGCACAUUGAAUUCAUUAAUGUUCCGCUGACUCUUCCGAAUGGGGAAACCCUAUGUCCAUCGCUUUCGUUUUUUGUGAAGCCCGGGAUGAAUAUGUUGGUAAUGGGGCCGAAUGGGUGCGGCAAAUCCUCGACGUUCCGUCUUUUAGGCGAGCUAUGGCCGCUUUACGGAGGCCGCAUCAUCCGGCCUGGGAAGGAGCACUUGAGUUAUAUGCCGCAGCGGCCCUAUCUUUAUGAAGGGACGCUGUUUGAGCAGUUAAUCUACCCCAUGAAGCGAAAAAACGCCAAUGUGAGUGAGGCGGACCUGUAUAAAUACCUACAGCUGUCCGGGCUGGAUUAUAUUCUUGACGAUCCAAAGAUAUCAUGGGAUACGCGGCUGUCGGGAUCCACCGACCUGCUGUCGAUGGGGGAGAAGCAGAGGCUGGCGAUGGCUCGUUUGUUCUUCCACGGCCCUCGAUUCGCCAUUUUGGAUGAGUGCAGCAGUUUGGUGGAUUUGGAUGCCGAAAAGCAGUUUUACGAUACCUGCCGGAAUAUGGGUAUCUCCGUCAUCACAAUCGCACACCGGCGGACGGUGUGGGCGUAUCAUAAGUGGAUUCUGUAUUUUGAUGGCUGCGGCGAGUACUUUUUCUCCGCACUCCGCUUCGAGGAUGAGGGGUCAACGCUUUUGCUGACGAAUGUGAUAUCCGCGUCGGAUUCAAGCAAAAUCGGAAAGGAAAUCAGGAUCAAAGUUUCCAGUCACUGGGAGGACGAUUUGAUCUCAGCUAAGAUUGCGAUGGAGGGAUGA